UCGCCCACGACGCCCGGGGAAAUGUCUCGGUCGACCACAACAUGAAGCAUAUAUAUUCUAUAUGCUCUUGGCCCGAUGCAUACAUAACCCGAUCAUGUUCACGGUCACGUCGGAGAUCUACGGCGAAACCAACUACCAAACAUCCCGCGAUGAUGGAAAAGUGGUGUCCAAAUUCCGUUUCAUCUAUCCGGAGGAGAAGCUGACGGGGAUUAAGGAGGACAAGGAUGGUGACCUUGAGGUGCCGAGGCCUCGACGUGGCGUGAUCGAAUUGGAACAUUCCGAGGCCACGGAACUGCGCUUGGUUGGUUUGCAAGUGUGGCGAGGUGCCCUUCUCCUGGCGGAUUAUUUAUUUUCGAAGAAGGAUGAGUUCUCCGGGAAAACCCUAAUGGAAUUGGGAGCUGGUGUUGGCCUGACCAGCAUAGCAGCGGGUAUUCACAAUCCCGGAAGGAUCUACUGCACGGAUGUGGAUCUGGGCUGCAUUCUGAAGCUAAUCCGCGGGAACGUCCAAAGGAAUUCCAAACUCUUAACUGGAAAAAUCUCUGUUCUGGAAUUUGACUUUCUCGCCCCCAAGGAAGAGCAAUCUCAGGAGCUGGUGGAGGCCAUAGACAACAGCGAUAUAAUCUUGGCUGCCGAUGUCAUCUAUUCUGAUACCCUCACCGACGCCUUCAUCUCCGUGGUGGAUAAUCUACUAAAUCGCGGAAGACAAACUGGCAGACCCAAAACCAUUUACGUGGCGCUGGAGAAGCGAUAUGUGUUCACCUUGGAGGAUUGCGAUUCGGUGGCUCCCAUGUACGAGUACCUGAUCCGGCAGACCAUAAAUAAGCCCUGGAAUCUGGAGCAUCUGCCUUUGGAUUUUCCUCAGUAUUUCGAGUAUGAUCGCUGCAAGCAACUGAUUCUGAUCAAGAUUACCAGUCGGUAAAGGACUUGAACAACUAAAAAAGACGUUCCGCAUGGUAGAUUCAAUUAAUACAUUAAUGUACCUUACUUAUUUAGUUAACUUAUGGCUUUGUUAUAUUAGGUUCAGAUAUUACUUGAAUUAAACUAAUUACUUCUCACUUGA